CUGGGGUUAUUCUUCCUCAGGCCACUGCAGCUCGAGCGACGUACAGACGAGCCAGUUUUUUCUGUCCACCGCACCGCACGCCACACACUCGUUAAGCCAGUGCCAACACGAGAAGUCGCCACUAAUAAAUUACUGUUUUUUACUGCACUCGCAACAGUCAACGGCGCUCACUCGACUAAUUUAUACGUAAAAAUAAACAUCAAUCAGCAACGUCGCAGUUGUUCGCGCCAAAUACAGCGCUGUAGCCCCGCCCGUCUCCAGCGUCGCAUCAUAGAUCAGACAAAAUGUUCGCUGUGAUGCAGAUCGACGAAGAUCACACUAGGGACUUCAGGCGUAAACUUCGCCCUAAGUGCGAGUUUGUGUGCAAAUACUGCCAGCGCCGCUUCACCAAGUCCUAUAACCUGAUGAUACAUGAACGCACCCACAAGAGUCCUGAACUGUCUUUCAGUUGUGAAGUCUGUGGCAAGAGUUUCAAGAGACAGGACAACCUACGCCAGCACAGAUGUAGUCAAUGCUUGUGGCGGUGAAGGUGACGGAGUAAGCACGAUCCCCUACUACAGCGGUCUCUCUUACACAAUAGAAGAAAUUCACUACAAUCCGACAAAAGAGAGUACCAUGUAUAUGAGGUGGUGAUAAAUCAUCAAUUGCAACAUAAUGACGUCAUCGCUUUUAACAAUCCGGAGUAACAUUUUACGUGACAGUAUUCGUGCUUCAUCAUUAAUACCGCCAGAAUGGGAUAUUGCAAUGAAGUUUUAAAUUUAGAAUCUCGAUUCUAAAUUUGAAUGAAUGCAAAGAUGAAUUCUAAAAUCUAAAUUUUGGAGCAGUAUUUGACUAUUUAUUUGCGAAUUGAAAUUUAAUAAUGAAACUUUUUUUAAUAUAAAAUAAAUGGUCACUUACUGUAAUAAGAUUUAAUCUUUGUGAUAUUAUGGAGAAAUAAAAUCGUCUUCGUAGGUGAUAAAAAUGUUGUAAUAUUUAUGCGAUGAAUAGAUAUUCAAACAAAAACUUCUAGCUACAGUUUACUUCAAAAUAAUUUUCAUAAUACCUAUUUGAUAAAAUGAAACUAAUUUGAUGAUGACAAUAUCAUACAUAAAAACAUAAUUUUAAAACAUUUUUUGAGUUCGCCUAUAAAUUCACUUAAUCUUUCAAUGAUUUAUUUGACAUAAAAGUUUUGCUUGGAUAUAUAUUCUUAGUUAUAUAAAUAUAGACAGAACAUUCUGGUGAUUUGUAUAUAGUAUUUAUUAGUUUUAGUGAUGGUAGCAUUUAAACAGCUUAACUGCUUAGCUAUAUGUUAAUGUAAAAUAAUAUUUAUAUUAUGUUUAAAAUAUUGUUUUUAUUUUAAGCUUCUUGUACGUAGAACGUAUAUUGUUCUAAUUGAGAGAGGUUUGAGGAAAUUAACGGAAGGUUUUCAGGUAUUUUUUAAUUUAUUUUUUAUAGUAGUUUACGAGAUAGUCCAUGUAUUUUGUUUACUGUAUAUUUGGGUCGUUCCUAAUGUUUAGAAUUACGAGAUGACAGGUGGUUGUUAUAUGAAACGUCAAGUUGGAAUAUUAUUCGCAUAAACAAAAAUAGAAAAUUUGGGUUCAUUAAAAAAUUAUACGUAAAUUAUUCGCAGUGAUUUUGCUAUUCUUUACAUAAAUAAUAAUGAUAUAGAAAUGUCUAUACAAGCGAGACACAAUUUGUAAACUAAGCAUAUUAAUUUAAGUCAGUAAUUUAGACAUACAUAAAAGCAUACGAAUUCGAGAUAAUAUUUUGUUACUUCAGCUUUUUUUAAAGUUUCGGUGGUAAAACCAUUUUUCGUGUUUUCUCCCGCCAAUAGGAAAAAGAUUUUGUAAUAAUUAUAAUUUGAUCACUAUUUGCUGUAAAUAUAUAUUAAAAAAAAGAUAUUGAAAUGUAUGUCUCUUCAUUGAAACUUUUUCAAAUUUUUUAUAAUGUGCUGAUUAUAUCUAUUUACUUUCAAAGUGAUUCGAUAAAAAGACAUGGCAAAAAUGUGUGUCUACUUUUGAGUAAAGUAUCUUAAUAAACGGGGUAUAUAAGAAUUCGUGAAUUAGUUUCAAAAUAUAGCAACUAUAAAGGAAAACGUUUAUUUAUCUAUGUAUAUAAAUAGCUUGUCAAAAAAAUCUGCACUUUAUAAUUGGCUUCCAAGUAACUUUACCAUAUUUCGAUGAAUCAGCGAAACGUGCGGUAAAGUUAAUAGAAUUUAACCUUCGCUGUCUUUACACGAUAUAUACAUUUAUAUAUGGACUGUCAUAUAAGACGGUAUAUGCUUAUGCUUUAAUUAUUGUAUUGGGAACUAUAAUUCUAUUAAACAUGAUUUAAGAUUUAAAAAACUAUAUUUUUUAUUGAAUAUCAAAUUCCGAAUAAUUCAGGGUUUCAAAGAUACCAGUUCAAUUUUCACUUGAAGAAUGAUAUGACUCAAUUAAAAAAAUGUUGAACGAAAGAACGAUAUUUUCAUAUACUAUUUCCAUACAAAGUUCGAACAGCAGAUUAGUAAAUAGGAUAUCUUUUUCGCUACUUAUUUUUAAAUACGAGUUUCAUGUACCAAAUCAAGAGGCCUACCGUGAAAGAUACAAAUACUUAUGCUGUCUCUUUUUUCCUAUAUCAUGUGAAAGAGAACGUUUGGACAAAAUACGACUUGUAUCUAAAAAUCACCCCAUUUUAAGCCCUUUUAAGCUAAGCUAUAUUCAUGUUUAACAUAAUUAAGAUGGUUAAAAAUAACAUUCCAAGUGCCAAUAAACGGACAGAAUAUGUCUGUCAGUAGCCAUGUUUUUAAAUAUAAUUCUUAGAUGUAUAAAAUUAUAAUUGACUAUUUUACAUUAUGUAUGUAUCUAUUCCAGUUCAUUGUGUAGAUCAAUGGUAAUAAAUGAAUGAUUAAAA